AUGCAGAUGGAACAACAGGACAGGAGCAGACACAAAGAAAGGUGACUUUAUCUUCUUUUCGCCUAACUGUGCGUUUUACGAACUAUCUAUCUCCUUUUGAAUAGUUUCACUUUAAGUGUCUAAUCAUGCAAGGCUGAAAGUAAACCUCUUAGAGUCAAAUUCUAGUUAAAUGCGUGCGAAGACACUGCGACUCUCAACGACCCUGCUUCCGGAACAUAUUCACAGACAAAGGCUAGAGCCUAUACACCUUCAGCUUUGGAAUCAUUUCUUAUCGGUCUUACAGGGGAAUGCUCCUGGUUGCGGGCCAGUUUCAGUCUAACUCUCAAACAGUACCGCCUCUCCCCAAGAAAUAUUUAGAACCCGAAAUCCACUCUGCUCACUUCGAAUUGGGUAUCAAUUACAUGCGUUUGGUGUCCGUCGCCAACCUCUCCAUCUAGGGAUUAGUCGUAGGAAACGAUGGCAGGGAACGACUUCAGAUGAGGAACUUAUUAGGCCCUGAAUAAUAUCAUUUAAAGAAAUGGGACCAUUAAAAGCUUAAGCGUUUCUUCUUUAAAAAAACUAUUCAAGGCAGUCUGAUGAAGAUGGUCUCCAGUGCAAAAUCCAUUUGCUUAAUCGGAUACUCGAGAGUAGCAGUGUCGUCUUGUUCCCCCAGAAAUCUCGAAAACCCAGUCAAACAAUAGCAUAGUUUAAGAUUCCGCAUUUGAAUUUUCUUAUGAAAAGUAUAGUACUAAACUAUUGCUUCCGCCAGCGCGGAAGGUGAUUGAUUUCAUUUUGCAUCUGGGCGUUUAUCUGCGGCAAACUCAGGCGAUUGCAUGAAUACAAGCAAGAAACGAAUAAAACGUAUGGCCGCCAAGAACUAUUGAGGCAGAAAGGAGCACUUAUUGCUAACCUGAUAUCACCUUCAGUAUCAGCCAGCCAUACCCAGCCCCCAUGUAAGGAAGAUGUGUGUUUUUAGCCGUGGUGCAUUUAGUUCAGUCGUCCCCGGUAUAGAUUUUGUAAGAUACACUGGCUUUGUUGAGUUGCUUUGUCAAGCUUUUUACUCUUUAUUUUACUGUUCAAUAUUUUGAGAAUAUUCAUUUGGAUUCGUCGAAAAAGUCAACUAAAUGCAUAGUCCGAGAUGCUUUUAUAGACACUAGACAGUUCGACCGUCGCGAAUAAAGAUGUUCCUCGUGUGCUCCAUAGAACGGGUGUAGGAAUUUUGCAUGCGCGUUAAUUAGUUUAUGGUAAGGUGGACGCGCGACGCAUCUACUGCGCCUCUUUCUCCCUCAUCCGUUUGGUUUCGAUGGGAAGAUAGCGCCAAGGCAACCGGAGAUGGUUUCUAGCACAGACACUUGAAGGUUGUUAAACAAGAGAUCUAAGAAAAAAAAGGGUACUGGACCACCAGAACAGUCAUUUUUGUCCUCUGAACCUUCAAAUCCGUUUCAAAGCCUCAGCUUGCCUCUCCCCUCUCUACUGCCAGAUCCCAAAAAUGUUCAUGGCCAUCUUAGCGUGGGCUCCUCUACGGGUCCGAAAUGUCGGACGGAUUCAAUGACAGCUCCGAUGAGCAUAUGUUCUUUUUCUGUGCAAGAAGUGCCUAGGAUUCGCAUGUUCUCCUCCAUUCAUUCGCACCUAAAGUCAAAAAUGUACUGCUGUUCUGAGCCAAACACGUAAGCAAUCCAAAGUGUCAUUGAGACUGAGGCUUUUCGAACCAAACUAGACAGUUUAGUUUUGAUUCAGUGUAAUCAGGGGAAUCAGAAGUUGGGUCCGCAUAAUUCCAGGUGGGAUUCGUACUGCUCCACGUUAUACUUAGUCGAGGAUGGGAGGCGGAAGCUAGGACUGGGCAGGCGCAAAACUCGUCUACACGUGCCACAGCACGGCUGCUCCAAGUUUGCAGGCCGAAACAAACUUUUUACGCACGGCUUCGCACUAACCGGUCAUUCUCACCUAGCCGAGUCCCCCUAUAAGUACGGCAGCAUGGUUUUGUUAAAAAGGCAGGACACAAUUUUGAGGGGCAACAAAUGAGAACUGAGUUCCAUAUAAAGACCGAGCGAAUCAACUACUGCAUGCCCCACACCCAUGGAGCGGCCUGUUCCUUCUGCACUGUGUACCCCCUAACUGGACAUUCCGUACCCCCAACCCCCAACAGAUACAUACGUGACACUUCACCUGCCACAAGCGACAACGUCCACCGUUCCUCCGCGAGGUGGACCCAACAACGACGACUUGGGGAUGAAUUUGUUCAUAGUGGGCGGACUUACGAGUCCCUACCUCAUUCUCUCCACUCACAAAUAACACGUUCUAUUGGGAAGACGCAAUCCAGACGACCGGAGGUAGGCUUGGACGCAGUGGCAGCCAGGGCUAAACAGCCCGUUCAUGAGUGACCAGAUAGACCAGGUCACAACAAGAAGACCUCCGGGCUCACUAUGGUGAGAAUACAGUCAGCACCACAAGGCGCCAUUGUAGCCUGACCGUCAGUCCUGAGAUGGGCCGAUUUGACACAUCAAUUGACAAUUUUCCUAGCCACGACUCUGAGCCUUUCGUGAUAGGUUUAAACACACCAGAUUCGUUAUAUUAAUGAAUGCGCUGGCGUGCCAUGCGGAUGGCUUUCUCAGUGUCGGCCUCACUCACUCUGCCAUGCACCGAUCGGCUGUCCACACCUGUAAAUCAAUGAAUAAUGGGACUGGACGCAAUGGCUGGCAAUGCAGCAAUUCCCCCCGCACGUGCCCUAGGCGACCCGGCCGCAACUUCAUGGCUUCGGUUACAGCGGCAAACAUGUUCCAAAUUUAAGCCAGGUAUGCAUAUCCUGACACGUGACGUUUGGCUUGCCAUACGGACGUCGACAGUGAAUCACAUGCUUGAUUCAGGGGUGUUUUGGGGACGGGUGCAGUUUAUUUGGAGGCGGAUUCGUGUUGCUGCAUGGGCCGUGCUGUGAAUGCACAUCUGACUGAAUAGGCCCAUACGCUGGCUAAAUAUCCUAAGACAUCGUGCGCAUGCGUGAAGGGAGUGGAGGGUGCGUGCUAAGCUUUCAGGCACUCGUUCGCCGUUUAAAGUGUGAUAGAUUCUCAAAUGACUGAUCAGACUGAUGUGUGUUACUUAGGUGCGGUCACACUGGGGACAGGUUAGGGCGGACUCCACAUUGCAGGUGAAAGGGCUGACAGUAGUGAUGUUGGGCAGGAUGGCAAGAGUGUGCUUAUUAACGAUGCCGGUCGUGUUGAAUUUGCACUGCGUUUGCAGUUGUCCGACGGUCAAUUCGUGCCCUGAGUUUCCGUUGGCAAUGCGGACAAAAUAGCUGGUGUUGGGUGUUCACAACAGUAAUGUGAAAUAUUCAAAAUUCGCUCAGCCCUAUUUUCGCUUUGACCUCUUGUAUGCGAUGGACUUCGUAGACCGUUGCUUCUACGACUACGUCAAGCCUGCCGAUCCGGAGGAAAUUGUUCACAGGUAUCCUCAUUGACCUGUAGGUGCCUGAUGUAGAUCUUCAUGGUUUGCCGGUAACGACCCUUUCGUCUCCCUGUCUGCGCGCGCCAUUAGCGAUAUCGCCAUCGGACAGCUUCUUUUAUAGGCGCGAAAAAGCACACAAUACAAUAAAAGGUCGAAGAAAACCCCUUGCAAAAUGGCUAACUUGGACGCGAUGCUUCCGGCUGUAUUGCCGUUUUAGCUACCUUCACGUCCAGUGCUCAGGUUUGUGAGUUCUGUAAAGGCCUACGAAGGGAGAGAUGAAGACCACAGGAGAGCGAUGGCAGAGAAUGGGGACAGGUGAAGAAAACCUCAUAAAAUGGACACGCCAUCAGGUGCGGGGAGAUCAUGCUAGGGAUGGCUGACGGGUGAACUUGAAUAUUACAGAACCCUUUUUGGCUGUUGCAGCGCUAGAAGAGGGAAAGAGGGGUUGGAAGUAAUACAGAUGGUCUAGUUAUAUGCAACUUUUUGGUAGCUAGAAAGUGGCCUUGUUGGGUUUGGAUUAUUUGAUUCUUCUUUCGAAGUCCACAGUAAGUGCACAUUGUCGCUCAUCUUCAUGACGUGCUCCCUCCAUCGCAGUUACAUCUGCCUCAGCAUAGUGUACAUACUGAAAACGCUAAUCUUCUUCCUGGAUCUCGAUUCGUGUGUUCCUUUACUAUUCUCCGAAGACAGCUGAGAUAUAAGUGGUUGAUCUUACUUACUUGACUUUCGUGAACUGACCUCGUCUUUUCCCUACGAAAGAUCGUGAUCGGGACAGCAAUCAUGUACCUCCUCAAUCUUGAUUGACGAUUUCGUUGUCGGUUGUGCUGCCUCUAGAAUCUGCACUCCCCAGAUAGGUGAAGUUGUUCCCUGGUGUAGAGCGAGUUCCGCUGACAUCGGCCCCGGUUUCACUGGAGUCAAUGUUUGGCGUCGGUUGGUGCAUGACCAUUGUCUUCUCCCUGCUGACGGUCAGGUCGAAGUUGGAGCAACUGGAAGCAAAGGUGUUCGCGCUCUGUAGAAUGUCCGUUUCUGCUGGUGCAUUCAUCUCUUAGUCAUCCGCAAACAGGAGGUCGUAGACACUGGUCUUGUAAACUUACCCUCUCCGUAGGACUUAUUUGCUUGGAGGCAAUGAGGAAGGUGGGGUCAGAAGUAGGGGUUAUCAAGUGUGGGGACACACAUAGCUAGUCUAGUCCGCCAGUCGAAGCGAUUGCCGGCGUGCGGCUGAUGUGCUGAGUGCGGAUGAUAGCUAGGUGUCAGGGGAGGGGGGGACGAAGUAAAAUUAUCCACCAGGCUCAUCGAUGCAUCAGUGUAUUGCUUACAAGUACGUACUACAACUACGGUCGCACCCGCUCUAACUGGCCUAGAUGGUGUUACUUAUGUUGUGUCCAUGUGUCGAAUUCUCCGGCAUUAUAUUUGCGGCAGGAUGCCCUUUCAUCGACAAAGCCGGAAUGACCGUACAUCUGGAACUCCUGCCUCCGUACAUGACACCCGACAUUUUCAUUCUGACGCAAGUUUCGAGGACUCUGUGCUGACAAUUUGAAUUUCUCCAUUUACUGCACAUUUUUUAGAUUUUCUAAUGUUCGCUUACUAUUUCAGGCAGAUUCUAAACAAAUUUUUGUUCCGCUUUUGUUUCAGAUGGCAAGCGUGCGUGUGUGUACCAGUACUACUUAUCGCCCUUGGGAUAACCGUCUUGUUAAUUUCCAACAAAAUACAACUCCCGGCCCCUGUGAAGCCACCACACUCAGAGAAGUUGGCGCCCACCCUCAUAAAGACUAAGAUCUAUGUGGAAGAGGAGCACCACGAAGGUGAGCAACUCGGUCUUAAACUCUUUGCCAGACGGAGGGUGGUGGGGGACUGCAAUCUUAAAAAGUUCGGUGCCUGAAGACGCCAACUUGAAUUCAAACCAUAGCCUUCAGCCUACUUCUAAUCCUAACCUUGGCAGUAGCCCUGGUCGCCCUGGAAAUUUGUGCAAGGCCCCCGUAAUAGGGGGUUCCUGUUCUAGGGUCCUGUCUCUAACUAUUGUCGUACACGCAUGUGGUACGCCUAAGAUGGAGACUUUGUAAAUAAUGCACCAGACCGUCUACAACAGACGACUCAACCUUGUACAAUGAAACACCAAACCGAAAUAAUCAUUUCGAACUGAAACCCACUUAAAUAAGUAUAUUAGAUAUUUUUGUAUGCCAUAGAUAUUUGGGGACCUUCGCCCGAUCCUUACCAUGUCAUGUACUGCGCGAACUUCAUUCCGUUCGGUCCAAAAGUUCCGACAUUGGUACAUAGGAUAGGGAAGCGGGAAUGAGAUCGACCCAGCGUUUGAUCUCAUCGCUUUAAACAACUGAAAGUGCCUCUAAACCAUCAUGAAGGGCACAUGGUGGUGCUUAAAAUGCAACCAACUAACGUAAUAAUAUGGUCCUAAGCCAGAACGCUAUGGAUCGUUCGUAGUGCCGUCGAUAUUUAAAUUUGAAUUUUGUGGGACCAAAGACAUCUUCUAUGGAUGUUGAUUCAUGCGGACUGAGAGAACAUUUGGCGUCAGCCGUGUCAUUUAUUACGACAAGGGCACCGCUCAGUCGUCCUGGCUUCGUUUUGCAAGUGGAAUACGGCUAUUGUGGGAAUAGACAGCGUGUCAGAUGCUGCACACAAGUCAUUGAUGCGUCCUUCUGGGGACAGUUACAGGGAGUGACCGAUCUCAUUCAUCUGGCUGUCUAUCAUUGCCAUUCUUUACGUUAAAGAUAACAGAAGAACAAAAUCCUAGGCGAAUGAACUCUCCGAUUUGGAAGUUUAAGCACUCUACCAUCUUCCUCACCGAAGCAAGUAACUGAGUCCAAAAAAACUUAUAAGUGGUCCGGAAGUUUCCUGAGCCCUAAAUGCUCCCAACCGUCGUAGGUACAGGUUAAUUGUUCCGAGCCAUCAAAUGCCUGCAGGAGCCCGUCAUCAAUGCGCGCAUGCGACGAGGCCCAUACAGUGAAAGACCGAUCUCAUGAAAUGUUGGCUGAAAUUAUGAAAUGCGUUUUUGAUUAGGAAAGAUUACUUAGGCAUGGUUAUAAUACUGAUUAUCUAGGAGCAUAAUCCUAUAAUAUUUCAGACUCGGCAGGAUGUCGGCUUUUGGAUGCACUACUUUUCAAUCUCCCGUCGAAACCGCAUUUGGUAAAAAUGACUACUUAAGUAGCAUGCACUCAUCACACUGAUUUUCGGCAGUUUUCCAAACUCAAAUAUAUUUUGCAGAAACUGCGAACAAAAACGUGUUUUCUUUCAGUCGUUUGAUAGGAAAUGACGUCAUCUUUAUAUUUUAUACUAGAAGAAGGAAUAUUAUUAGGUUUUGCAAAAGUUUCUUACUAAGAGAUUUUUUAGGACCGUGCAAUGUCCAUUCAUACAGCAUCGCACCCGACCGUCUACCACUGCUCCUCAUGAAAUGUAAAACAUAGUUAGCAUCCAUUGCAAAAUUUUAUGGACACCAUAUGGUAUCUUUUAAAGACUUAGAGGAAUAUGUAACUUUCUUUACGCGGAACGCAUGCACCUUGUAGGCUGAAAUCACUAAGCGCUAAUACAACGACUGAUCAGGCUCCAAAUUAUUCGGCAAUUAGAAAACUUUUAAAAAACCUAAUUAUAUUCCUUCUUCGAGUACAAAUUAUAAAGAAGACGUGAUUUUCUAUCAAACGACCGAUGAGUGUGAUGAGUGCAUGCUACUUAAGUAGUCAUUUUUACCAAAUGCGGUUUCGACAGGAGAUUGAAAAUUAGUGCAUCCAAAAGCCGACAUCCUGCCGAGUCUGAAAUAUUAUAGGAUUAUGCUCCUAGAUAAUCAGUAUUAUAGCCAUGCCUAAGUAAUCUUUCCUAAUCAAAAACGCAUUUCAUAAUUUCAGCCAACAUUUCAUGAUAUCGGUCUUUCACUGUAUGGGCCUCGUCGCAUGCGCACAUUGAUGACGGGCUCUUGCAGGCAUUUGAUGGCUCGGAACAAUUAACCUGUACCUACGACGGUUGGGAGCAUUUAGGGCUCAGGAAACUUCCGGUCCACUUAUUAGUUUUUUGGACUCAGUUACUUGCUUCGGUGAGGAAGAUGGUAGAGUGCUUAAACUUCCAAAUCGGAGAGUUCAUUCGUCUAGGAUUUUGUUCUUCUGUUGUCUUAGAGGUAAAAAAUGGCAAUGAUAGACAGCCAGAUGAAUGAGAAGAACGGGGUAUGUGUUAUGUAAGGUGUGGGCCUUGCCUCUGUAGCCCUAACGGCUGAAUCCUACAAAAACACCGGAUUAGCGUUAUAAACCCUACCAGUCUAUUUCCUCCGCACCAGAAACCGACAGAAAAGCAUUGGGAGAGGAAGUAACACGUGGAUGCCUUCCCUCCUUCUUACUACAUUUUUCUUCCUUACGGACUAGCGUGGUAAGACAGCGGGGCACGCAGAGCUGUAACUGGCUGUCAAGGAGUCAGCGCUCGUUGUGUCGAGGCACGCUUCAUGAUUCAGGGCCUUAAGUUAUACAGGCGUCACUUGUGCUGAAGACAUGUCAACAAGGCAGUGCUCCCCUUCUUUCUCUGUGCCAACUCUGCUUACGUGAUAGCCCAUCAAGCAUGUGUAUAUUUCUUUUCUUUUUCAGUCAUUCCACACUGGGUAAGGGCAGUAAAGGCUUACGGAUGGAAAAAGGCCAACCUGGUAAGGUUGCUCGGCAUAAGUAUACUAUUGAACAUUUUUAUUCGUGUUUUUUGUUUCGUUAACUUCCCAGAAUUAUUUUUAAGGUCUAGAGGAACCUCAUUCAUAUUUUGUUUAGUGGGCGAUACAAAAAUGUAAUCAAAUUUGUCUAUUUACUCGUACUUGAUACGGCGGUUCUCGUGUCUGAUCAAACCGGUCUCAGUGAUAUUGUUGAUAAAAUCCUUCCAUUCAAAUCUAGGCCCAAGCCCGAUAUGAUCAACAAGGGGGUUGUUAGAGGAGUUACCUGACCAAGCCCGGCUAUUUCCACCUUCAACAGCAGUCAGUAGAUCAGGGCUGGGAAGUUUUACAACCAAUAGUUAAAGCAGGGUUUUCGGUAUUUGCGCUAAUGGGUGGCGGAUGUUGGCGUGCAAACAGAAACAUCAUAGUAGUUAGUAAAAUGUCCCUUCAGUAGUACGCAGAGUGGCCUGUCAUCAAGUGAUUUCACUUGAACUAUUAAGCACGCAGUCCUCUAAAAGACGACCAUCGCCACAUGGGGUCUACCAGAAGAGUCGCAUUGACCGCUCCGACGUGACAGCUUUGCCCUGAAACGCUAAGUUACCCGAAGAACUGAGUCGGGAAUUCAGACUUCAUUCAGAGACAAAAUACACCCACGUUGUACCGGUGAAGAUUUUCAGCGUCAAACUUUGGGUUCCAGGGCCGAAGAAUUUCCCCACAACUAAUACAGAUAAUUAUCUCUGGACUGAGUGGUCUAUCUCGCAUAUUAUUUGUCAUCUCCACCGGACUACGACCGAGGACCGCGUCGGUGCCCACAGACGUUGUGGCUUGGGUUGUGAUAACACUUUCAGGCGCUAUGAACAUGAGCUUCCUUGGGGAUUUUUAGCACAGGCCGACCCCAAACAUCCACCCGGGUUGCCUAUUCGGGACUAUUUACUCUAGCGCUUUGACUCAAGAACCUAACCACAAGGCAGACGUGGCAAACAAAGUUAUUUGGUAACAGUUCGCGGUUAUCAUAUCACAGUGUCGUCGUCAGGCUCUGUGGUAUGAUAUAAAGUAGUGGGUUUGCCAGGAGUUACCCAGGUAGGACUCGCGCUGCUGGUCUGCAAGUGCUCAAUCGUCAGACCCGAAAGUCUGCUUGUUUCUCAUCAAGACAUAGUUUAUUGUCCUUUUCACUAUCCACCACUCGUUAAAGUUCCAGGUAGCCAGCUGCUAGGCUAAAGGACGAAGCCCUCUGUAGGUUUCAUAGUUUACCGUUUCUCCAUUCCGUAUUCUAGCUAAACCUACAUCUCUCUCAUCCAAAACUAACAGGUUCACAUUGAUGGGCACAGCGACAUGGACUUUCCAGAAUUGAUUGAGGACUUACCAAUUGGCCAUCCUCCUGAAAACGAUACGCAGAUCUCGGCGAUGAUGCAAAGAAACGACCAAUUUAUCCAGGUAGUUUAAUUGUAUGUCACUUUUGAACGCCGCUCUCUAAUGCGUCCUCAUUGUCAGGUGAACACAAAACACGGAAAGUGAGAGCCAUAAAAUUUAUGGCUUUGUGCCGACUAAUCAAGAAUUGUAAGACAGUGUUUGAAGUUUCAAAUAAGUAGAACCAAGGUACACAAGUAAACUGCUCAUAGAAAUGCCUUUCAUAGACUGUAGUGCUUCUUUCUCAACUUACUACAAACUGAUGAAUUCCUCUACGCAAGAAUUCUUUUGUUGGCAACAAGAGUUGUCAAAUGCGGCUCUUUGGUCUAACACACCCUACGAGUUGGUAAAUAUUGGACGGUUUGAUAUCCGGUGCAUAUGUCGCAUGCCACCAUCAUCUACAACUUAUCCUGCGGAACGGCAAAUUGACGAUGUGUUAAGCACCGGAUAGGCUCGAUAGCAUGAAUUACUUCCUUUGUGAUCAACAAUCGCUGUCAACAAAUGCCUCUUCAAGCAAUUAGUUUCCGAAUAAGAGCUUAGAGAUCACUUUCGAGCGACAUAGUCUCCACCUGUGCCCUUUUUAUAAGCUGGGCUUAGUUCCGCAGCUAGUGGUUCGAGUCUAAACACAUGCAUGGUAUUUUUCACCUUAGAAGUUGGUGAGAUGUUUUAAUCCCCCUCCACAUUUCCUUGCUUAUGUGCAUGAGUUUCGAACCGUUAUUUGUUACUGGCUAGAUAUAACGUUUCUUGCACUGGGACUACAAAGCAGCGGCACCAACAUUCACUUUUCUUCCCAGCUUUCUCAAAAAUAUGGAUAAAGUGUAAAAUCGCAGACACGUUUGUGCUCCGAUAUUUACACUGGACCGAAAACUUAGGAACACUGAGUGAACUGUUUUAAAUAGAUUGCAAACUAAAGGUGUCAUUCAGGUGGGGUUUCAAUGCCGAUCACGACUCAGUGCAGUUUCCAGUUAAUAAAUAAAUUUUUGCCUGACCAUCUUUACAGCCAGCCGUAUGAAUGACAGUCGGAAGAGCACAACUUAAGUAUCGUUUUCCUCAUUCAGUCAAUUACAUGUCAUAGGUAGGACAGACAACGAACUGUUCUCUUAGGCUCAUUACAUAGGAUGUUGCGUUGGCGAGGAUUCGAUAUUUCGCUUAGGAGCUCCUGUAAUACGGAAAGGAUUUUAGAAUCAAUUUCAUUAGUGGCGCAGAUGGCUACGUUAAUUGACGAAAUCCGAGGAAGACAUUGAGAAAACUCGCAUUUUUUGUUAUGUGUUUGUUUAAUUGCCCCAAGGCGUUACCAAACCAGAGCGCGCAGUUUGAAAUAUACGGAAAGUGUUGUGUAGACGAGCGAAAAUCCAGUGCUCCAAGAAUAAUGUUUAAAGAAGGUCGGAUUGGGUAAGGUGUCGCGCGGCAGUCAAACCUAACCCUAACUCUUACCUUAAUCCUAGCCACAAUUCAAAUCCUUUCCCUGAUCCUAAUCUGCCUGUAACCCCCUCCAAUAUACAUACAUUCAACCUAACUCUAAACUUAAACCGAAACUUAACCAUGCUUAGUCAACAACGGGUCCUUAGCAUAACGUCUACCUAAAUCAGAUAAACAGACAUUUUGCGAUAAUAAAAAACCAAGGACUUAUAUAUUCGAUCGUCGCCGUUGCGGCUUUCUAAAGCUGCGUUUAUGGCCGAAGGAAAUAGUUGGCUUCUGAUCCGUUAUUACUUUCUUCUAUAUUUCUAUUUAAAACCUGCUAUCAGCUGAGGACUAGGCAGCGCUUCCAGCUACCGAGACAAACAUCUUAUUUGUCUGCGCUUAGGGCUGGUAUAACACCUUUUUAUUUGCCCUAAGUUCCUUGAACUAAAUACUCUGUGCAUGUGUCUCGGUCUUUUUAAAAUACACACAUACAACCCACUUUCUACAUAAUUACAGCAACGUUUUGGACUCUGUGGAUGGUGCACCAUGAAAACAAUCAUGAGAGUGACUUAUAAGUACACUAGUUGAUGGAUGUCUUUCACGCAUUUCAAUCUGCUUUAUUCAUACACGCGAGCAUACUCUAGUGCCUAGCUGUCAACAAGAUUUACCUUCCUUAUGCCUCUAGAGUGCGAUAAUUGCUCAGCUAAUCAAGUCCACCUACCUUGUAUUCCCCUCGUGGACCUCCAACGAAAGCAGUGCUUUCACCUCCUGGGUGGGGAUUAGCUCGCUGGAUAAGCCGAAACGAUUCUGUCUCUGCUAUGACGUCGAAGAAGAGCCCUGUGUUGUGCGUAACCACAGUAGCACAGAGCCUUUCAGUGACAUCCCGGACAAGGACUGCGAUCGGCGCUGGAACUACACUCAAAUUGAACUUACAUCUGCUAACGCCGCGGCAGUUAUUCGUCGAUCCAAAUCCUUUGCCCUGCCUGCCGACCUGGAUACGCCUCUGAUCCUCGACAUUGACGAGGACUUCUUUGGGGUACAGCUUGUCGGAGCCGGUUUGCUCUAUUAUGGGCUAGACAUGGAGAGUGUACUCUCUAUGGCCGAUCUUAUCCGCCCUAUCUUCUGUCUGAACGAGGGCAGUGAGAUCGAAGAGAUGAGACCGGACGUCUGGUUUCGGGACCUUCUUGACCGCAUCAUCUCACACUGUCUCACCAGAGCACCUCAAUGCCCGAAACCAGACCUUAACGGCACCGUCUACGACGCCUGCAGUGCGGCCAUCUGGGAUGCCAAACAGGACCUCUACCAAGCUCAGCCACCUCUCGUCUGCCAAGGGGUAGGGGAGGAACAGCAGUUAGUGCAAGAUGAGGUGGAAAAGAGCCUCAACUUCCUGACUCUAUUGCUCCGCAACCAGACACGAGAACAGGCACGGGCUCUGCAGCGUGUGGGUGUCUGCCAUCAGUUUGCGUGGCGUACUUGGUUCCCCGAGCUUGUUCCUAUGAGCCUCUGUCUAGGACACAACACACCCGGACAUUCAGUGGUUCAGGAACAUGUACCAACAUACACCGAGUUGGCAGCCCUGCUGCGUAACUUCACGCGGAUUGUGCGUGCCAUACCGCGGGUACCCGAUGUAAUCACAGUGGCUCGGUCUGCUCGUGAUGGCUACGUUCCGCGAUGGCUGCAGACCCGUCUGGAGAGACUCAUCCUUAAGAUCGUCAAGGUGGUAUUUCAUCUGGAAAGUGACGAUGUGGUCUACUCGGAGUACCUCGCGGGUGGUAAGAGGGGCUGGUAUCAGAGAUUUUAA